CUCUCUAAGCUUUUCCCUACAACAACCAGAAAAUACUUUCGUUUCCUUCCUUUCUUCUUCUCCUUCUUCUUGUUCAGAUGAUAUCAAUGGCUCUACCCUUGUCUUCUCCCCCUCAUAUUUCACUUCAUCAAUUUCCUUCUGCUGCUAUAAACCCUGUCAAAAACAAGAUUUUCUUUUUUAAACACUGCACUCAACUGCCCUCCCACAGGCCACUUUCACUUCAGAUCAGAUCCUGCUGCAUCAAAAACAAGGUCUUUGAAGAUCAGUCCCAGGGUAUAAUUUGUUAUCAAGAUCAAAGUGGAGAAUUAGUGUGUGAAGGAUAUGAUGAAGGUCCUCGUUUUCAACACACUGCAAGAACAUCAUAUCAUUCGAGGGAUGCAGAGAUUCUUGAUCUUCUUCAACAGAGAUUUCUGGAAAUUGUCGACGGUGGUGGAUUCAACAACAGCGCAAGCAAAGGAGUUGUUGCCAUUCAAGAAGACUUUAAUUGGAAUGGGUUUAACAAAUUCUACUAAUUACCCACAUGAUGCCUGACUUCACUUGUCUCAAAUUUUUACAGACUUCUCCUUCAACUUUGAUAUGUGUAUGUAUAUGUAUAUAUAUAUAUGUAUAUAUAUAUACAUAUGUUAUAUGAAUAGCUUGGGACCAGUAUUUUGUCUUCGAACAACUUCUUCCACAAUCUUAGGGGUGAAAGUUGCAAUUCCUACUUAGUUUUCCUCAGGAAAUGCUUUUGACAGGAAUGCAAAAGUAAAACAAAAUACAAGAAGAAUCAAAUUGAUGGCACUA